GGUACACAACGUUAGCCACGUCUUCGAGCUACAGUUCCUGGUACCUGUUUGCUAGCUAGCUAGCUAGUUAGCUUACAAGUAGCCGUUUAGCUUGCUGCGGCAAAUUCGUUGAGAUUUAAGAUGUUAAUCGUUAGUAUUUUCAUUGCAAAAGCUUAUCCCAGUCACGCUAAUGACUACUUGUGUUAGUUUAAGUACAACGCCUUGACCUUGCAAGGAAAUUUCCAGAAGCAAGGAGUGUCCGAUAACGGACGCAUUAAAGUAGCUAGCUAGCUAGUUAGCAUAUUAAGUCGCGAGACACAGAGCGCGAUAUUUAAAAACAUCUCCAUGCUUUUGACAAAUUUGAGAUAGGUGAGAUGAUGACCUCCUCAGCUCUCGGCCAGUCGUCACCACUCCUUCAAAAUCUGGAGCCUGGGAUUGGGAGGUCUGCAGCCAUGCUGGGGUUGUCUGCUGGGUUGGAGGGAGCAGAGAUGGAGCUGCAGAAGAUGCUAAUCGAUGAGAGGAUAAAGUGUGAAAAUUAUAAGACCAACUACCGGACACUAAAGGCUGAACAUGCCAGCUUGCAGGAAGAGUUUACCCGCGCGCAGGGUGAACUGAAGCGCCUGUUGAGUGACAAACAGACUCAGCAGGAGAAACUUCAGCUGCUGUUGGCGGAGCUCCGAGGAGAGCUACUCGACAAAACCAGAGAAGCGGAGGAGCUGAAACUGCAGGUGAUGACCCCUCAGCGGCUGGAGUUGCUCAGAGCUCAGGUGCAGCAGGAAAUGGAGGUUCCAGUCAGAGAGAGGUUCAGUAAACUGGAGGAGGAAACAGAAAAGUACAGGUCUGAGUACAACAAGCUGCGGUAUGAGGUCACCUUUCUCAAGACCCAGUUUGACCACCAGAGAGAAGAGCAUGCUCACAUACUGGAAGAGAGGAAGAUCCGCUAUGAGGCAGAGAUCUCUCGUCUGGAGAAGGACAGGGAGGACCUGGUUGCUCAGUACCAGGAUUCAGAUGUACUGCGUGAUGGGAAACGAGUGGAGGCUCUGCUGAGGGAGAAAGCCCAGCUCCACUUGCGGCUGAAGGGCCUGGAGGCAGAGGUGGCCGAGCUCCACGCCCAGAGAGAAAACUCGGGCCAGCAGGCCGAGAACGUCCAACGCAUCCAGAUCAGACAGCUGACGGAGUCUCAGGCUGUCGUGAAGUCGCUGGAGGCAGAGCGUCAGUCGUUGCGUCUGCAGCUGGAGCGGAUGGAGAGCGAGCUUACUCAGACCCACGAGCAGAACAGCCAGAUCACUGGACGACUGCACAAAGCUGAGCGAGAGGUCAUCUCCCUCACCUCCCAGAUUGAAAGCCUGAAGCAUUCACAUAAACUGGAGGUCGCCAAUGUCAAACUGGAGUGUGCCCGCUCUAAAGGGGAGUUGGAGAGGGAGAGAGACACACUGCAGGGGCAAAUUGAUGGUCUGCAGACAGACAUUGAGGUGCUGCAGGCUGCGAUGGAGCGGCACAAGGAAAUUCUGAUGGAGAAAGAGAGGGAGUUGGUAAGGAAGGUGCAGUCUGCCCGUGAGGAGGAGCUCCGCAAAACUGUGGCCUUACUUGAGGAAAAGUUGGAGGUGGAGAACCGUCUCGCUGCUCUGGAACAGCAGAGGGCGCUGCAGGAUGCUACAGACAACGCCCAGAAGGAGGAAUUGGAAGAGCGCCUCCGUAGGGCCCAACAUGGAGAGGAGGCAGCCCGCAAGGAACUGCAAAACCUGAGAAGCAAACUGCAGCAGCAGAGCUCACAGCUUGAGGAGCUCGAGAGACGGAAAGCACAGAUUGCUGACCUACAGCAGCAGAACCAGGAACUGAGUGUCCAGCUAGGGACACUGUCCCACUCUAAAAAUGACCUGAUGGAGACAAACCAGCGACUGAAAGAGACACUGGACGAUCUCAGGGAGGAUCUGAGGUCAGCCCGAGCCCAGGCUGAAAGGAGCCAGCAGGAGGCAGAGAGGCUGGUGGAGGACCGUCGGGUUGAGUGGCUGGAGGAGAAACACAAGCUGCAGGAGCGAGAGGCAGAGCUGCAGCAGAAAUACUCUCAGGUUAAAGAGAAACUGCAGAGGGCAGCGGUGGCCCAAAAGAAGAGGAAAACGCUAACAGAGAACAAAGAGAAGAGACUGCAGGAUAAGAUCCAGCUGCGUGAGGCCAGGAUAGAAGAGCUGGAACUAGAAGCUGCUGCAGCCAAAAAGCGUUCGUCUUUCUCAGAGGAGCAAGCUCAACUCAACAGACGGUUAAAGGAGCUGCAGCGACGGCACAACGAGUUUCGACGCCUUCUCUUAGGUGGCCAGGGUCUCUAUGGCGCUGGUCCCACCUUCCUGACCUCACCCACCCCUUUCCUCCUCCUGGGGUCUGAGGGACCCUUAUCCAACAUACCAGAGGAGCAGCAUCAGAGGGAGCUGUCUCUGCUCCGACGCAGGCUGGAGGACCUGGAAAGCGCCCAGCAGCAGCAGCUGGAGGAACUGGGAUCUCUGGUGCAGAGGGACAGGGACUCCACUCCUCAGCCUGACCUCUGACC